GUAUGUAUGCAUUUCACCUCACUCAACUUUGUGUGUAAUUUGUCUUCGUGUCGCCCUUACUCCUAUUUUUCAUUAAGAAACCGAUGUUAUGUAUUAAAAGUCUUGUUUAAAUCAUGAUUUAGCGAAUAACGAAUUUAUAGAACGUUUAUUUAUCGUGACAAUGAGCUUAGUAUGUAAGAUAAAUUGCAUAUUUGCGUGAGGCUUCAGUCGUCACGGAGUUGUAGCAAGGGAAGUUUGGAGAAUGUCGGGUGCCAGCUUGAACCUGUGAUGUGGUCUUGUUAGAGGGUAGUUAUAUGAUCAUGGAAUACUAAUCGACUUGUGUCAGUUUGCCGCGUUGUAACCAGGCGAGAUGGAUCCCUCUAUCUUUUUGCAAUAUUCUCCCCCAAAUGGGCUUCCCCAGGAAUCAAAACUAGCAACGUAUAUGAACCGUUCUACGUCCACCCCCACAAGGUCUUUGAACCAGGCGAUGGGCAAGCUGAGCUUGGAGUCUUCCCCCACAGCCAUUAAAAAACCCUUUCCGCAGGUCCUGAUAGGGGAGUUCAUGCCCGUGAACUACUUCACGCCAUUCCUGCCCGACUCCCCGGAGAGCUCGCCCCCCUCCACCCUGGCCACCCUCCAGGGGAACCUCCAGGGGAAUCUUCAGGGCAACCUCCAGGGUAACCUACAGGCCAACCUGCAGGGCAACCUACAGGGCAACCUUCAGGGAAAUAUUCCAGGGAAUAUACAGCAAAAUACACAACAAGUGCAUCAGGAGAAUGUCGGCGGCACGACGUAUUUUUAUUCCACAAACGACAGCAUGAAUUCGACCGGCGGGCUCAAUGCUUCCGCACCUAUGGGCCAGCCGGAGCAAUGCCUAGGCGUGGUGGGACCAGGGCCGGCGGUGCCCUCUCCAUACGCCACGCAGAUGUACGCGGGCACGCCGACACACAUGGGACCCAUCACGCAGACCAAGCCUGGCCUCGCAGCGACCUUCUACAUGCCGGAGACCAUUCGGCAGGAGAUCUACCAGCGGAACGAAGAGGUGUUCCUGCAGACUGAUCUGCGGCAGUUCCCAGAUCUACCAGAGAACGUGGAGAUGUACUCUGAGCUGACGCCGAUCGAGUGCACCCCGCACUCCCUAGCCACGUCCUACCGCGCCACGCACCGCCAGAGCGGCGAACACUACGCGCUUCGCCGCCUGCACUCAUACUCCAACGUGCCUACCAAACGGCUCGAGAUGUGGAAGAAUAUCGACCACCCGAACGUGGUCCGGCUGCAUGAGUGCUUCACUACCAAGGCGUUUGGUGACCACUCGAUGGUGUUAGUGUACGACUACCACCCGGCGUGCGUGACCGUCAUGAACAAGUACCUCUCCGGCGGCAGCUCGGCGCCCGAGGGCAACACCUUCCACGACCCGUUCAGCUCCGACCCGGACGCGCCGCGCCCCUACACACACCAGAAAAACGCCAUGUUGCGUGCAGUGGCGUGCGGCGCUCUGCUCCCGGAGGCGGUGCUGUGGAGCCUGCUAGUGCAGCUGACGGCCGCGCUGCGCGCCAUACACACCGCCGGACUGGCUUGCAGAAACCUGGACCCCACGAAGGUGGUGAUGAACGGGUGCCGCGUGCGCGUGGCGUGGUGCGGCGUGGCCGACGCGCUGCACACCAACACCAACGACGUGGGGCAGGCUCAGCAAGAGGACCUCACAGCACUCGGCCGCCUCGCGCUGGCGCUAGCGUGCCGCACCGUGCACUGCGACAACCUGCCCGCCUCCAUGGACCUCGUCGCACGCACCUACUCCGCCGACCUCAAGAACCUCAUACUGUACCUGCUGUCCACGACGCCCGCGCGCCGCUCCGUCACCGACCUCAUGCCCAUGAUCGGAGCCAGGUUCUACACGCAGGUGGAGGCGCUGGAGAGACGAGCGGACGCGUUUGAAGACCAACUCGCACGGGAGAUCGACAACGGCCGUCUGCUGCGCAUUCUGAUCAAGCUGGGCGUCGUCAACGAGCGGCCUGAACUGAACAUGGACCCGGCCUGGUCGGAGACCGGCGACCGCUACAUGCUGAAGCUGUUCCGCGACUACCUGUUCCACUCGGUGGGCGCGGACGGGCGGCCGUGGCUCGACUAUGCGCACCUGGCGCACUCCCUCAACCAGCUGGACGGCGGCUCCUCCACCCGGGUGGAGCUGAUGUCGCGCGACGAGCAGAGCGUGCUCGUGGUGUCGUACGCGGAGCUGAAGCACUGCCUCGAGCAGUCGUUCGACGAGGUGACCCAGGCCGCCUCCACCUCGCACCUCACCAACUAACAGAUCUCACACCAGCCAGUUAGGUGAACGUCUGUUUCAUCGCCCUAACCCGAACUAGGACUGCGACUGUCCGUUUUUGUCUGUGCUAUAAUCUGUUCUUUUAGAUUUUCAAAUAAAUGUAAACUAACACGAUCACGUGACUCCUACAUUAUAUCAUUGGCUGAAUGACCGUGUCUAUUGGGUUCUGUUAGUUCCGAUUUAUUCAAAAAUCUGAACGGAUGGUUUUUAAGGAUCUCUCAGGAGUUUUAUGUAACAAAUGGAAUAGUAACAAUCAAUAAAUUUAGCAGAUUGCUGGAUACAAGUUACAAGAAUUUACACACGAGUGUAUUAAAGUAAAUAAUACAAGGAUGUUGAAAGAUAAUCUUGUAAUAACUGAUUUGCUACGUAUGCAACUCUUAAAUUAAUUUACUUCUGAAAUUGUUAAUUUAUAAACUAAUUGUUAAUUGGUACUUUACUUUUUUGUAUUAUUUACCUACAUGAGUAGGAACACUGGCCAGGUACUUUACCGCGCACUGAUGGCCAGUUUGUUUUAUAAUUAUUUAUGAACCAUAUGAAUGUGUGUUGAGUCGCAGUUCUUCAUAAAAUGUUUAGUCGAAUACUACGGACAACGUGAUUCAUCAGAUAACGAUUGUCAGUUGUUAUUACGAAUCUUCGAAUCGAACUUUCUGCGAACCAGCGAAGGUUGCGUACUGCUAAGGAAAUUCAAUUUAGAGCUACUUUUUAUUAAUCGCCUUGGCAAUUAAUAUAAAUUUCACGAGACUUAUGUCGUCAAUGUGGCAGAGCGAAUGUGGCCCAAUAUUUGAAUUUGUGGACAAGGCAAAAUUUGUCACGCGCUAAAAUGAAUAUUUUACGCAAUUUUACGAAAUUGACAUUUAAACUAGGUUUAUUAGAAGAUGCUUUAAAAACAGUACAAAUACGGCUGUCGCUCGCGACCUUUGUGUUCACCGUGCAAUAUGAAAAAUUUGAAAAUAUCCUAUUUUUGUAAUAAAAUAUCAGUAGACCUGAAGUUCUGUCAAUGUACAGGAACCCACGGCAUUUUUGUUUGUGCAAGAACCAACUGCUCGUUAUGAAAAGCUUACUUUGCAAAGACUUUGUCUGUAUUGAUACAUUGAAAAAAUGUGCAAUUAGUAUAAAAAAAUUAGAUGUAAGGAGAUUAUUUUUUCUUCCAUUUAUUCUAUGUUUGAAAGCUCCAGUAUGGCAAUAAAUACUCGUGGUUAAAGGUGUGUAAAUAUGUAAGCAGUUUUGCUCGAUGCCUGUGUCCCUUUACAUUGGCAGACACUUCUAUGCGAACUUGCGAAGGUCUCUAGUGAGAAAUUAUACUAAAUGAGGAACUGACCAAAUGUGUCCCCGGAUAUAUUACGAAACGACAAUAAAGUGUCAAACUGGACUACAAAGUUAUCGUUGCCGUUACGAGCGACGCUCUGCUAGGCUUGUAUCUGGGCAUGAGGCUUUGUCCCGCGUCGAUAACUUUGAGCGAUAUUGUGAUAGCACCAAUGACACUAAACAUCAUGUAAUUACUCGUGUUAUGCUAUUGUACUUAUUCUCAGUUUAAACAUGAUUGAGGUAGAAUGAAGUAAGACAAAUAAGAAUGCUUACGAAGAAAUACGAUGGCAAAGAUUUUGCACUAAAUCUGUAUGUCUGGUACAUAAAUUGAUAUGAUGACGAGGAAUGCUUAAUACGUUGUAAGUUUUUAAUUUAUUUCAGUUUACUUUGCGCUGACUUUAAACUUUUAUAGGUAACAUCGAGUCAAUGAAUGAGAAAUGCAAUACGAAGUAUAAUUUUACCAUCUGACAUUAGAGAGAGAGGGCGGACAAGAGCGCCGCGACGGUUUCUUGUCCGCCCUUAUCUAAAAUAUCUAAUUGAUAUUAUUAGAAAAUGACGAGUAAAUUAUCUUGCGUGCGACUUGAUUUCCUGCGUUACUCUGCUAAGCCUACAGAGGCUUUUCGAAUUCUGAGCCUUGUUUUAUUUGAUAGACAUAGCGUUUAUUAAUGCUCUUCUAUAUAUGUAUACGAUUACAUAACCUAAAUUAUUGUUCAUAUCAUCACAUGAUACAAAUCUACCAAUGCUGUCUUAGUGAGUUGGUGCUAUUACUUAUGUAAGUCCAGUUCAUAUUUCACCUAUAUUGAGCAGCCGCCUGAACAAACGCAACAAACAUUCCAUACUAACCGAACAAGAGCGACACGUUGAGGGGAGUCAGUGUGUUCGCGUCUCGAACGUAAUAGUUUACGUCAAACUGAGGUUUUGCGUGAGAAAUGAGGGUAAAUCUAAAAGAUAUCAUUCGAUGCGUAGAAGCGAUGCUCAUAAAGCAAUAAGUUGUACACACCGAACAUAAUCAGAUACCUAUCGCGGAGUUGGGCCAAACACCCAAAGCUAAGAACACACUGUGUUCCGUUUCAUGCGGUUUCAGUCUUGUAAAUGCGUGCGCUUAUGAAGCAUGCUGUUCUGUAACUUUAAUUUAAUCAAGGCCGCGGCUUUAAAUGCUGUACUGACCCUAAUGAGAUGAGUAUCGCUUCUAUUCCGUUAAAUUCUUAUGUCGGCAUGGGAUCGGGUUUUACCACGGACGUAGCAACGGAUACGCAACCGGAUUGUCCCAAGGCGAGGUAAAACGCGUGCAAACUUUUCGUUUACACUAAGUAGUAAGCAAGUUUAAGUAGGUAAGCAACCUACAGCAGGUUACCUAAUAAACUUGGCAUAAUAUGUGACACCAUAAAUAAACGAAUUAAUAAGAUAGGAACCUCGCUAACAUCGAAUCCGAAAUGCACGUCGAUAACAGUGGAAGCACCCGCUAGGCCCUUCUUAGGUAUACUGCGAAUAGCAUUCUAACGUUAAUGAUAUGCCGAGUAGAUCUGAAUUUGUAUGUAUUGCUUGGUGGGGCCCAAAAUGAAUGAACAAUACCUAAUAUAAAACCAAGAACAAUGAAGAUUAGCUGUAAGAAACAAUGUGAAUCCUUUCUAACAUCCUCUGCUAAACCUCUCAAAUUUUAUUUUCAAAUACUCAAGUCAUUGUUUAUUUGACUUUCAGAGAGUUCGAAGAUUUAAAGGAAAUUAAGGUACAUUCUCUCGUGUUUUUUUAUCUUGAAAUUUAAUAUAAUAUUCAGUCGAUGCCAUCCACGGCAUCAUUUGUUUAGCAGGUAUGCUACAAAGGAACAAAAUGACCAAUAUAACGUCGCCGUCUCAAAGUUCUGAUGUUGAUAAUCUUUGCGUAAGCAAAUUUAACCAUCAUAGCUUUUUGGCAAGUCGACGAUUAAACUGUUUGUGUGCUCUGGGCCCACCCGUUCUUAGAGUUCCUCUAUAGCGGCGCGGUUUAGAAGAACGGAGCUAUAUCGAUGGCAAAGUGCCAUGAACUCCUAAGUACGAAAACCUAAGUAGUUGGGAGUUCAUGGUACUUCACCGUCGUUAUGUUGUUGAUAAAAAUAAAAGCAAUACAAUACAAUAAACUGUUAAACGAGGCGCCGCUAAACGAGGCACUCUAGCGCAUUAUAAAAUGUUAUAUUUCUUGCCACGUUAUUUAUGCCUAUUGCUUACUAUCAAAUCUGAUGCCCGUCUUGAAAGACGCCUUUAGCACAAUGUUUGUAGAAGACAAGUAAUAAUAAACUAAUUUAUAAGAGUGGAGGAAAUGGUUGUCUUCGAAAAAAGAUGUGCGAGAGGGUCAAGUCACUUAUGGGGUUAAGGGUGUGUCCGUUUCGCUAUUAACUUGAGAGAUAAUGAAUUGUGCUCAGUUGUCACCGACGAAACCGUCCGGCGAGGCGAGGAAACACACUCACGUGUAAUAGAGAGGUACCGACGUGCGUUUUCGUGGCUGAGCCAUGCCCUGUCUUUGGCGGCUGACACAUACACUAAACUAUGUAUAUAGUUUGGAAGAUAUAAUGUUGUAUAUAAAUGAGAUGCUAGGUCCUAUGCGUUACGUCCAGAAGAUAUUUUGAUUUACUCAAAAUAAAACUUAUGUAUAAAAUAAAAUAAAAAAUUAAAUAUACCUUUUUCCGUGAGAAAGUAUCUUUUAAACAAUUACUAGACGUAGACGCCCAUUGCUAGAAAGAGACGCGUGUGUGCUCAUAAGUUUCCAGCGUACCGGACGCACCCCUGUGUAUAUUUUCGUAUCCUGCGUCCGUUAUAUUACAAAUUCCGAUCUAUGUAUUGAUGGCCAAUGUUUCAUUGUCUUGGAGUUAUGAAACUUAAGAAGGAAAUAUUUUGAGAUAAUUAUAAGUGUAUAUUUUUUUCUAACAAAUAAAAGUUUUGAAAUUAUA